UUUUUUUUUUUGUUUUUUCUCUCAUCUCUAAUAACAUCAUGUCGAGUGAAACAACGAAUGACAGUAACAACAAACCAUCAUCAUCAUCUGAUCCCAAUAGAUCUAUUGAGUUAUCCAUUAAAUCUCUUGAACAACAAGUAAAAAUGGUCUCUGUACCUAGAAAUGCAUCCGUUUUAGAUCUAAAGCAUAAAAUUGAAGUUUUAUUUGAUGUCGAUAGUAUACGUCAACGUUUAAUUUUUCAGGGAAAAGUUUUAAAAGAUGACAAAAACUUGAUGGAUUAUGAAAACUUGGAUGAUGGUAAAGUCAUUCAUCUGGUUAUUAGACCCUUGAAUGCGCCACAUAACCCAGAAAAUGAUGAACCACAACAACAAAGAAAUAACAGGAGGCCAACAGGAAGAAGAGGCAUUUCUUCAGGAUAUGCUGUAAUAACGUUAGAUGCCACUUUGGCAGAUUUAACAGGUGGAUUGGGUGCUACUAGUGGUUCUGUAAGUUUUGAUAUAGACAGAUAGAUAUGAAGUAGAGGAGGGGAAGGGGAAGGGGAAGGGUAGAGAAUUUAGUUUUAUUUAUUUAUUAAUGUAUAUUUAUAUAUUUAUUUAUAUGUAAUAUAUGUAUAUAUAUAUAUAUAUGUGUGUGUGUGUGUUUGUGUGUGUGUAUGCGUGUGUGUAUGCGUGUAUAUAUGUGUGCGUGUAGCUUUUACCUAGU